AUGACUGUGAGAAGGUCGAAAGAUUUUUUUAGCACACUCCUAAAAGUACCGGUAACUACACGCAUAAAUGAUGCUUUCCUAUUGGAUUCUAUUUUAAGUGGUUAUAGACCUUUAAUAGCUCCGAGGAAGCUGAAUCCUUUGUUCAAUAGAAAAAUAUCGUCCUAUGAUAACUCUCGAAAUAAAGUAAACAAUAAAUCUAAAGGGAGAAACGACAGUAAAGGGGGCAGCUCCAUACCAGGGCGAAAUUAG